AUGGUGCAACUCGAGCUAGAUCCCAAAAUCUUGGGCGAAAACCAUGGCGACCAGUUUCUACAGGAUGAAGAUAAACUUUCAGUUGCGGAGUUGAUUCCUCGUAUUUUGCAAGAACGCAACUCCUUUCUUUACAUCAGCGAAGAGUCAUUGGAAAAUGAAAUUGAGCACAACAAUUCGAGCGAAGCCGAGUCACAGGAACCAGAUAAUGUGUUUGCCCAGCCCGACGAAAUAGAUAGCUACGAGUUGUUCCAAAAGAAUAAGGUUGAAUUGGCCCAACAGCUCAACUCGGCCCUCAAUGAAACGUCACUUUCGCUUGAUUUUGUGUCCCUUUUGUUGUCCUCAGUCAAGGUGAACCUUGGAAAGUCUACCAUGUCUCCUCAUCUUACUCAGAAUGUGCCUCCUGGCUCUUUGAAUGCUGAUAGAUUGUCCAAAUAUGACGAUCCAAAUGACAUGCAAAGUAAAGUAGCAAAUUUAGGCAAUGGUUGGAAAGGAGAGUCGAUCGAGAAGAUAACUGGAUUGUUUAGGAAUGCCAGCAUGAAACUCAACGAGCAGGUAAUCAAAGAGAAAACGUAUUGGGAGCUGCUAAUUAACGUAUUGGAUCAUGAUGAAGUGCUUUACAAGACCAGGGAUCCUCUUGACAACUCUCGAGCAAUUGGUGUCAAGUAUGGCUAUUCUGCCUCCGGUUCCAGCUACCGUGACGAAGGUAACGCUAUCUUACGAAAAGAUCCUAGCUCGGGUGCUAUUUCCUUCGUACCAAUUUCUCGAGGAAGAGCAGGCACCAAAAUUUGCAAAUAUAUCAAGGUUCGAAUCCUCACCAAGGUAGAUGACGACUACUUGUUGACGGGGCAAUCAUUGUUUGACAAAAAGUUUGCCGGAAAGAACACAAGCGCUAUCAUAAACGACAUCGAAAAGGCGAGGUAUUUUGUGUUUCAAGAGGAUCUCUUUUAUCAUUUGACCCGUGAGGCAAAGGGAUUGAUCAACUAUAAUAUCCUGAUCAUCUCCAACAAAAUUAUCAUUGAGGUGGAUAAUGAACUUAUUGAAAUCGAAUCUGUGGUUUUUGAUGAGGACGAUGAAGAGGAAUUGAAUAACCUCUAUCAAAACACAAACCAAUUAUCGUCGUCUAACAAUCGAAGGGCGGAAGCUAUCUUGAUAUUUAUGAACCUCAUGCUUUGUUGUUUCUAUAAAUACAACCUUUCGCUCAAACAAAAAGUUCCUACAGCAGUCACCAAAUGGAAGCAACAAAAUUCUCAUCCACUCAUUUUGCGUCCCUUAUUAGGACACAUCCGUCAUGAGCUCAACGUCAGUUCCUUGCGUAGUGUUUUGAAAAACCACAUUGGCGCAUUCAAACAAGACUUAGAACUGGAACUUGAAGUGAUACAAUACUCAAAUUUGCAAGCGCAAGAACUGGACAAAAGUUUCGAAAACCCAUUUCAAAAGGCAAUCGAGGCACCAUGUACCACAUUCAAACUACGGUGUAAGCGAAGAGAUGGACGUGUCUUAGAGACCGUCAUUGAUGUAACUUCCACCGAGAUAUUCGUGAACUUGGUAUUGAAUCUCAACGUUACAAAAUAUGACAGCGGCUCGGACUGCAAACAGCACGAUAAUGGAGCCAAUGUUUUACAGAACACCUUCUACGAUCUUAAUGAAGUGGACGAAUGCUUAAAUUGGACGAUCAUGAACUUCAUAAAUCAAGAUUCAACAAUCACAUCGGCUGAUGGUUGA